CUUGUGUUGAUCAGCUAAGUUAAUGCUUCCUGCCCACCAGAACCAAGCCCGCGUCAUCUUGCGUCGAGCUCUCCCUCGCUUCGCCCCAGCAUACACGCACCCACCUCACCCACCUCACACCCACCCAGUGGCCAGGCCAGCCCCAAUGAUAGCGUCAGACGACCCGCCAGCGGCUCGGAUCGCCCGCGAUGCCGAGCUGGUGUACAACUACCACCGCAUGGACAUGCCCCUCCGCCCCGCCGACGCCAUCUUCUGCCUCUGCAGCCUCGACCUGCGCGUCGCCGAGCGUGCCACCCAGCUCCUGCUCGACGGCCUCGCCGGGCCCGACGGCCCUCUCAUCUUCUCGGGAGGCAGCGGCAAGCUGACAGAGGGCCGCUUCGCCCAGCCCGAGGCCGAGGUCUUCGCCGCCGUGGCCCGCCGCAUGGGCGUCCCCGAGUCCCGCAUCCUCGUCGAGCCGCGCUCCACAAACACGGGCGAGAACGUGCGCUUCACGCGGGAGCUGCUGCGCCGCCGCGGCCUGAGCCCGCGCAGCUUCGUGCUGGUGCAGAAGCCCUACAUGGAGCGCCGCACCUACGCUACCUUUUGCAAGCAGUGGCACCCAGCAGCCGCAUCCGCGUCCCAGUCGGUGGCGGGGGACGGUGAAGGGGAGCAGCAGCAGCCCGAAUUCACCGUCACGUCGCCGCAAAUGCCCUUCGCCGAGUACCCGGAUGCGGAUAAUCCGCGAGAUUUGGUGAUCGACAUCAUGGUCGGCGACCUCGUACGAAUCCGGACCUAUCCGGCUCUUGGCUUUCAAAUCCCCCAGGAUAUUCCUGCAGAGGUGUGGGAAGCUGGGCAACGAUUGAUAGCAGCCGGGUUCGACGGACACCUGCCACCGGCUGCCGAGUUUGCACCGUCAGAGUUGGGCUGGCUCGGCUUUGGCAUUGAGGUUUCCAAACGCGCGAAGCGACCGAGGCUGUUCAUGCUGUCUGGCCCGCCCAAUUACGUCCUCUGCGCGGACAUGUUCGACAAGAAGACUCGGGUGUGA